CUGGAGGAAUUCCUGGCGUCCAACGGUGUUCAGUAUGAGCACCACGAUCUGUUGACCGAUGAACCGGCGAGGGAAGACCUCAAGUCACGAGGCAUCCUGUCCGCCCCGGUGACCAUCAUUGAUGGCGACGAGGUCAUCAUCGGUUACUACCCGAAGAAGCUGAUCCCCGCCCUGGGGCUGGCCGAGGCGCCCAUCGACCUGUCCGGCCGCACCGCGUGGCUCGCCGACAAGUACCAGCGGAUCCUCGGAGCGACCGCCCGUGCCACCUGUGAGCUGAGCGACGAGCAGCUCUCCCGGUCCGUGCAAUGGCGGCCGGAGAUGUUGCGGGAUACGCUGGUGCACAUCGUGUCCUUCCCCGAGCUGGCCUACACCAGCAGCACCCGGGGUUCCAUGAGCACCGAUGAUAUGCGGGCGUGCCGGGAGAGCCUGGUCGAUCUGAAUAAGCCGGACGACAUCGCCGCGUACGCCGUCAAGGUUGCCGACGACAUCGCCGAUUUCCUCGCCAGCGGCGACACUGAAGGCUUCGACCGGGUUGUCCCGGCCCACUACGGCGGCGAGGUCACCGUCCUCGAGUUGCUCAACAUAAUCUUGAGCCACAGCACCCAUCACCUGAAGCAGGUUUACUGGUUCAUGGAUGACCAGCUGGGCCAGCCUGCCAAGGCUCCCGCGUCCGCUGAGGACAUGGAUGGCAUCUUCACACCGGCCCAGUUGAUCUAG